GAACCAUUAAGGUUGGAGCGCGUGCGUCCAGGUGAGUUCGUUACCAUGGUAGUGGCGGUAGGCGGUUUUUCAAACAACUCAAACAUCGCUCGUUUCUCGAGUUUUGUGUUUUUAGUAGCGUAAUUUUAUCCCGCAGUCCGUGGCGGUGCGUACCUGGCUUAUUUCCGCGUUUUUAGGCUCGCGCGUCCGAAUUCUUUUUAAAAUCUGUGACCAAAUUUUUUUUCUCAUUUAGGUUUGUUUUUAAUUGAACCGGAUUUUUGUUGUAUUGUGGUUUUGUGUUAAAGUUUACUUCCAGGUGGCUUUUGAAGGAUUAUUUUUGUUGUUGGGACAGAUUCAAAGAAAAAAAAAUGGCUACUGCUACUACAAAACCGCCGGGCAUAGGCAACUUAGUCCAGCAACGGUUUUCUCAAGAGAACCAAUAAACCAUUCAAUCAAAACAUGUUAAAAUCUCUAGAAGAUUACGUAGUAGAAAUGGAAAAUCGUAGUGCCAUAAACGAGCAAAACGCUCAAAAUUUAAGCGAAGACAUUUGGAUUCAGCUGCAGCAAAAGGAAAACGAUUUGCAACUGGCAGCUGAAUUGGGUAAAGCUCUACUGGAAGACAAUGAGAAACUGAAGAAACAACACGAUGCCACUGUGGAGGAGUAUUCGAAAAAACUAGAGGCUGUAGAACAGGACAGGCAUGUCUUAAGAAAAAAACUUACCAACAAAGAAUCGGAACUGGACGCUCGAAUAUUAGAGUUAGAAAACGACCUCAAAGAAGUCAAAGAUAAAUUAACGCAAAAGGAGAAUCUAUUAAAACAGUGGGAGAGGGAUAAAAGUCAAUUGUUGGAAGAAUUAACUGCCCAAAACUCAAGACUCACCCAACAGCUAAAAGAAGCACAGUCAGUAGAAACACAACUUAGGCAACAAUUAGAUAGUUAUAAGGAACAGAUCUCUUUAGGAAAAUCUAGCUUACAGCAACACUUAAGUAGCGUAGACGGUUUGAGAGAUGAACUGGAAUUGGUGGCCGAUAAAAAUAAAGAGUUGGAAAGGAGACUUCGAGGCGCUGCACAAGAACGUGAUCAUUUAGCGAUGGCCCUUGAAGAAGCUUCUGAUAGGAUACUUUUAUUGGAAAGGCAUGCUAGAGAACAGGAUAUUAGAUAUCAGCAAAGUGUCAAAGAAUAUUCACUCCCACAAGAGAAAUUAUCAAUAGAGGAACGAUUGCAUGGUGACCACCGAUCGCUUCUCGCAGAAAUGGAUAUCUCCGAACCCACUUUGAGCCAAGAAUGCAUGUCAGUCUACCGUCAAAUAAGAUCGCUGGUGCAACAACUGAAAAGCCACCAGGACGACGAUAGCGGACUGCAUUCCGAUUGUUCUACAGCUUCGUUGGAGGAUAGCAGUCGGUUUUCGCCUGGGCUUUUGAGCGAGGCAACUCAAGAACUUGUAGGAUUAGUCUUGGACACAGACGUAGUGAGAUUGCUUGAGAGACUGGAGCAAGCGAGAAGAGAAAUUCAGGAGCGGGAUGAGGAGCUUCAGAAAAGGAUGGAUAGGCUGAACGAGCUAAGUAGUAAAGCAUCGGUUUGUGAAGUAGAACUCGAAGCAGCUCUGGAAGAGAGAGACAGAGCCCGGCACGACGCCAACGAUACCUCUUUGGCCCAUGACGAUGUGGUGGUGAAAGCUCGAGAAGACAGAGACAUGGCUGUGCAAAGACGUACGAAGGCGGAAGUCGAAUUGGCCAAAACCAGAGUUGAACUGAUGCAAGCUAACAGUCAGCUAUUGGAAGUGAUCCAGCAAAAGGUGGAAAUGAGUCAGCAAUUGGAGCAGUGGCAGAUGGACAUGCACGAGCUUCUAGAUGAACAGCUGAAAAAUAAGCUAUCCAGUCACGAGAUGAAAGUGAGGAAAAUUGAACGGCAAGAAACGCCAGUACCACCGCCCAGGAGAAGACUGUUGAAUUUCUUUUUGCAACGAUAGCAUUUGGUUGCACUCUAUGUGCUUUUUUAUUAGGCAAAACAGUUAUUAUUAUUGUUACCAGAGAUUUGAGCACUUACUAUUUUGUUGUGAGAUAACUUUAUAGUUACCUACCAAGUUUAUUUUGAAUCAGAGGUGUAAACGUGCCCUCUUUUGAAAUAAUUAGGAUUCAACAUAAAACUUUUAUGAUAAAAGAGCAUCUUUAUAUUAUCCUAGUUUUUCAGAAGUUUUUUUGUUUUUUUUAAUUUUCGCCAAUAAAUUUUUAUAUUUUUUACAUCACCGCCUUUCAAGCCUGGAAUCUAUAAAAUAUAACUAUGGGUUUAGUAGACUUGUCUCUAUUAAACCCAAUUCAGUUUAGCGGCAACAUAGUGAAGAUUGUGUGUGUAUGUACUUAUUAAAAACUAGACUAAUUUUUAGCUAAUUAUAUUUACGUUUUAACUAAAACUGUGAUUUUAAGAAAAAGGUUUUUACAGAAAAGUAUUAACAAAACGUGUACACGUACUUACUUAAAUUAAUAUUGCAUUUCCUACGUAAUUUUUACAUAAAUAACGUUUAAAUCUUGGAUUGAAUACUGUAAAUAUUAAUUUAUUUAAUAUUAGAGAAUUGUCACUAAAUAAUUAUUAAUCCUCUUAAAUCCAUAUAGUUGGCGGGCCCUUUUAAAAAAUAUGGAAAAAUGAUACAAACUCAGAAAGCUUUGCCGUUAAGUCUCAUUUGAAUGCAUUUAGGUAUGAUAAAAUUUAAUUCUGAAACUUUUUAAUAGAAAUUUACCAAAAAAUUAUCUAAUUGAAGUCAGUAGUUUUUGAUUGUAUAGGUAUAGUUUUUCUUCUAGAUGUUUAUUUAUUUUAUUGUAAAUACGUAAGCCUUUUUAAUGUGUUAAUUAAUGUGUAUAUUUGUCUUAAAGCUAGUUUUUUUGUGCAAUUUUACUAUAAGUCUUUAUUUAUUGGAUUUUUUUUGUAGUAAAGGACCCUCCACUACAAAAUUGAAUAGAUGUUUAUCCGUCCAAAAAUAAAUUAAUGCAAACUAAUCAAAAUUUUGAAUGCCCCAAUAACAAAGUCAAAGAAUUAUCGUAUUGAAUUACAUAUUGGAAAAUAGAGAAUAUUUUAUAAAAACGU